GAAACUUUCUUGUCAUUUUCCUUCUUGACUUCUUGGUAAAAGUUUUUGGAUUUUGUAGGUCUGUGUUUUGUAGUCUUCAACCUCCGGAGUGAGCUAGUGAAGAGUAAUCAUGAAUUCAUUAUUCAUGGAAAAAUGAUGCUACAAAUAAAUUUAGUUUGACUCGUCCUCAUAGCAAAUGUAAGCCUGAAAGUGAUGACAAUUUGCUCUAUUUGAAAUAUAAACAUGACUAGCCAUAUACACAAAGUUCUCCAGCAAGCUAUCACCACUUUUACAUGUAAAUCUGAGCUUUUUGCUUUCAAUUUGAGUAGUUUAUCUUCAAUAUUAGAUAAAACUACAGCCGAAGACGUGAAUUUCGAUCCGAGGUUUACGAAAAAAUCGGAAUGGGAUAAUCCAGAGCGGGCUCCAGUAACGUUCAUCGACAUCUACGAGGAUUCUAACCUGACAAUGAACAUUUUCAUUCUGAAACCAGACGGACAAUUACCUCUUCAUAACCACCCAGAAAUGUAUGGACUGAUAAAAGUUAUAUCUGGUAAGAUAAAGAUAACCAGCUACUCCUUGAACACUGCCAGAACCAUGGAGUUGGAAAGGAGAAGUUUCAAAGACGCUAUAGUGCCGCCAAUAGACUUCAGACGUAGGAAAAUAGUAACUGCAGAGUUAAUUUCCAGUGAAAUUGUGGAUUCCAACAGUAAACCUUGUUUGCUGGACCCAGGAAAUAGGAAUAUACAUGAAAUUCAGAGCAUUGAUGGUCCUGCAGCCUUUCUUGAUAUCUUGGCUCCCCCUUAUAACACCAAUAUUCCCAAUAAUGGGCCCAGAUUGUGUUCUUAUUAUGCUGUGUUGAGUAAUAUUAUGCCUAAUGUAUUCAGAUUGCAAGAGAUCAGGUCACCAUCAUGGUACUGGACUGAUUCUUACCCCUACACUGGACCAGAUUUACAUUUUUGAUUGUUUUUUUUUUCAAUUAGUUUGUAAUAUAAUUACCCAGUGAGAAUCCAAAUGUUCAAUGAUCCUCAGAGGAUUUUGUACUAGUCUAGAAUUUUACUCUAUAUGAGCAUUACUAUGUAGAUUUAUGAGCAGGCUUCAUAUAUUUUGUAAUGUAAUAUAGAUGAUUUUCUGUUGGCUUCUGUCACAUUCCUGAUUUUUUGAAAUACACAUUCAACUAC